GCCAUACUGCUCUCUUCUGGGAUGAAAUUCUCGAAGCGCGAGUGACAACGCUCUCUGAUACCGUUUCUGUGUUCUCGUGUUUUCCUGCUUCUUGUUAGGGCACUGCUGUUUCUGUGUUUUUUGGGGGAUAUCUGCGGCUCCUGACCGUAGUGUCGAGGUUUCCGUUUUGCUGAGGACCAGUCCGCUCCUGUCACUCAACAGGGUUUCUGAUGUCACUCGACAUUCAAAACUUCGGUGUCUCUGACCCUUUUGCCAAUGACACCUCCCAGGCAGGUGGUGCCGGCGGCUCUUCGACUCACCUUAUUCAUAUCAGGAACCAGCAGCGUAACGGGAGGAAGAGCGUGACGACGGUUCAGGGGCUGGACAAGUCCCUUGACCUGAAGAAAAUGGUUCGAGCCUUGAAAAAGCAGUUUAGUUGUAAUGGGACAGUGAUUGAGGAUCCCGAACACGGGAGUAUCAUUCAGCUGCAAGGCGACCAACGCCAUGCCGUGAAAGAGUUUCUUGAAAGGGAAGCAAUCUGCAGUGUCGACCAGAUCCGCAUUCAUGGUGCCUAAAUAGCAGGAAGUGCACGUAAGGCGGUUUCUGAUGCGCGAAAAGAGUGUGCUUUGGUGCCUUAUUGUGUGCUGCUCCAUUGUGUGCAAGAGAACUUAUUACUUGUAAGCUAAAACUCUUUGCAUCGUGAGCUUGGUUUUGGGGGGCAGGCCAAUAUCAGUGCAGCGAGAAAUUUCAAUCUCGUCCAGCAGGGCUCUGACACGGGAAGUAGAAUACGGCGCUGAACUUUCUGUUCACAUGACAUCGAGGACACUCUCUAGUCGUAGGGGUGGGGCGGCAGGCACACUUCUUUGUGUGUGUGCAAUCGCGGAGUGUCGCAAACGUUUUGUGUUCAGUCACGCCUACCGGUGCUCGGUGUGGCCGGUAUUUGUGUAAGAUGCUACCGCUGACUGGAGAGACUUUAUCAACACACGAACUGUUUUCUUUUGGAACACCUGCAGCCGCCUGUGAUAAUGGUGGUGUUUCCUAACUGCAACUCAGAGUGGAGGAGCCACGAGAGCUCUGGUGUCGACUCUUAACUUCAGAUAACGUAGACCAGCGUUCAUUUCAGUCUUCGUCCCAAAGCUAUGUCGCCUCUUACGCGUAGAGUGUGUCUUUAGUGACGGAGGGGAAGCUCAUAGCAUGGGUAUUCAAAGACACGAAGCGGUGCGGGGAUGAUUGGAGAUCGGGGGCUUGUAGGCACGGAUAUUUGUUUCAGUGAGGAACCAUGGAUGUGUGGACAUCAGAGUCGAGCGUAGAUGAGUAGCGUGCCAGGAACGGUGUUGAAAAACAUAGAGGAUCAUGGCUACCACAAUCCACCAGUACAGGCAUUGUUUAACCACGCUGCACUGCUGAUCACGCCAACUGGGUGCCAAUGCUGAAUGACUGGAUACGGUGGGAAGGUGAAAAAUUCUUUAUCGGAACAGCUUGCUAGAGACAUGAUCAGUUGACCUGAUGCCCAUACAGCGGCGACGUGUACCAAUGUACGUGAGCAGGCUUUUCGGCAGCAGCUGUGCGUCUGAAAGUAGAUGCAUUUCAAAUGAACGCAAAUCUCCGUCAUGAGUUGAUGCUUAACCCGAAGACGUCUCUGUACGCAAUGCGCGUUCGCUACGGAUAUUUCAUGAGAAACGCCAGAAAUACAACGACGUUCACCCGCAUGUGCAUGAAUUUAAACGCAAAUUCUACGAAUUGCAGCACUGUACACGCAUGCUGAAUAUUAGGAACACGCUCUGGAAAGUUUGCGUGUUCACAGCAUUGUUCGGGAGGCCAUGCCCUCAGGGAUGCCAGCGCUUCUCCCGCAGAAGCAACACCAGUUGAGCGUAGCAUCCGAAUGCUAGAUCUUGUUUGUGAUCACCUGACUUCGUAUUUCCAGAUUGUAACCGAAAACGGUCACAUCAAAGAGAAAAGCCGCAGGCACCUGAUAAGUUCACAGGACGACAAUUUUACCCGUUUGCGAGCUUUGCAAACCGACACCAUUCGCCAGGGAAAAACCUUUUUGUCGGGUUUUCACACCUCGUAGUUUAUCACAUUCCACUCCAAAGAAAGAGUUCUUGCACUGGAGCCUGUCCAAGCACAGUCCCGGCUCCGUCCGACUGCACAUAUGCCACGCCACAUUGCGGACGCGGCCAUCCUGCCAUAGUUUCGCCGUUUGUAAGUAAUGUGCGACUAUCCGGUGUUACCAUAGCUAAGCUCUUAACUAUCAGUGCGAACAGGUCUCCAAGAACGUGCGCAGUUGCCCGAAAAACAUUGCUGAAGAGGGAAGGGACUGUAGAGAUGUACAGAGCUGCUAAGCCAAAACGGUUUGUUCCUGAUUUUUCCGUGUCAUCGAACCGGAUUGUUUCUUUGCGCUGUAGACCUUUGACACUCUUCUGCACAAGCACAGCAAAACUCGGAGCUUGUGGACGCAACAAAAGAUUUUCUGGUGUCUUAACGCUCGGAAUGUUAUGAUCGACUUUCUCCAGCGCAACUUCUGAAUGCUCGGCAGUCACCUUGCCACUCUCAUGUUGGUGCUGGAAUGUUCCGACUGGAUCCAAAGGAACGACCUGAUGAAUAGUCUCCGGAGUGGACUUCCCGUCGACUGUUUCAGUCACAUUGGAUGCUUUGUCUCCUUGACUCACGGGCGCUCUUGUGAGUUUCAGGCUUGUUUUGGCAGUCGCAGAUGAAACCCGUCGCAAAUACCCGCCCUUCUUGUUGACUUUCUGUGUAAGCGGCGCAACUAUGGUCUUAACCGUCCUGGAAUUAUCCCCAUCGCUCGCUGUAUUGAGCCCAAAGCAAAAGUCUGCGCACUGUGCUUGGGCCUCCAGGGGAAAGGUAGAAGCGUGCCUAGUGCCCUUGAGCCGUCGCUGAGAACGGCUCCGCUCUGCCGUCUUUCCGAAGACACUUUCGUUGUGAAAGGCUUCAGUGUGGUGUUCGUUUCCAGAUAUCCGAUGGUUCAAAGGCCUGAUAGGAAAUGAACUUCCAGGAGUCCAGAAGCUUGUCUGCGGCAUGAACGCAUGUAGUGCAUGAUGGCUUUGGACGUUUUUCUUCCACACUAGGCGGCGUACGUGAUUUUCCGGAGCAGAACUCACCGAAAACGAAUUCGUGUGCGCUUUACAUCGUUUAGCUCCCUCCACCUGAAACACCAACAGGUCGUGUCCCGCUGCUGCAUCUCGGACAGGGACCCCAAAACGUUCCGCCCAACCACUCGGAAUGCCGCCGGCGCUCGGAGUAGUGACGUACUGGUCGCCUUCCGAAUCGACGGAGACAGAGGAAAUAAACAAUGGCAGGUCAUGAUUCGGAACCAACACGAAGCCAGCAGUCAAUCCUGACGUGGGUGCCCUCGCUAACAACUUGUCCUCUUGCUUUGUUCGUGUGCGCUUGCCAUGGCGCGUACCCGAGGACAAACUCCAGGCAUGAGUAGAGAGGAUUGCCGGCAGCCGGGCGGGAAAGAGCUCCACACCAGAGAGGGAGGAGAGACCACACCGACAAACUGCGGUUUUGGCACUAUGUGAAGGGAUAUUACAUUCACAAGGACGCACACUCUCCCGUUGGAGAGAUACUCGGAACAAGCAGGUCGCUCCUGUGCAGGCCGUUUUCCCCGUUUCCGUUAGUGGAACGUGCAGCGGGACGGACUGAAAGAAAGGGGCAACUAAACACAUGAAAAACAAGAGAAAACCUACACUAGACAGGAAAUUAGACCGCUUGCCAAGGGAAAUGUGUGAGUCUCGCAGUACUACGCGAAGACUCAUGUUUCGAAUCGCAGGAAAGAGUGGCGUGGCCCCAUCGGAAACCCGGAAAACCGUAUCUCGCCUGUCUCCUCUCUAUGUUAUCUGGAGACAAAAACGGCUGUGAAAACGGGGACUGCCUCGGUGAUUUUUAUUCACAUUUGAAAUUCCUAAAUAGCAAGGAGUCACAGUGGAAAAACAGGCAGAGCUUCGGUGUGUGAGCGACGCGCUUGUCUUGACAGGAUUCCGGAGUUCGCCGAGAGCAUCACCCUCCGGCCUCCGAAUGAGAGACAGAGGAGCAGAGGGCCGCGAAGCAUUCAACGUAGGUAAACCCGUCUUACUCAACCAGGAGAACAAAUCGACAGCAGCAUGAUUCGUUUAAAACGUGACCACUUUUUCGGCAAUAGGGGAAAAAGAAAGACGACGGGAGAUGCAAUCAUCCGGCAGAAAUCGCACACCUGGGAAAAG